UAGACGCUGUCAAAGUAGCCCUUUUCAUGGGAUAAAAAAUUAUGCAUCAAUUACGACUCGCUUAAUUUCUGUGUUUCUCAUAAAACUGUUGCAAUUUAACUCGUAUAUAGGAGCUUAGCUGAAGCCCCGUCGUGCUGGCGAACUGGAAACUAUAUUGAAGCAAAGAAAAUCGUUAAUUGAUUCAUCAUUCCGUGUGUCCAUUGGUGUUAUCGUAGCAACUCAUCAUGGUUGAUGUUGCUCGGCAAUUACUUGAUGAACUGAUGGGAAGGAACCGUAAUCUGGAUCCUUCUGCUUCGGCAAAAGAAGUUUCGUGGUCUGAUGAAGAGUUUUGUCCAUACUUUUUGGUUAAGUUUUGUCCACACGAUCUGUUUGUAAAUACCCGCGCCGAUUUGGGCCAAUGUACCAAAUUGCACGACGACGAGGCGAAACGGUUGUUUGACGAGGCAAAACCUUGUCGUAAGAAAACUCAAUAUGAAGAGGACUUUCUAAGAUUUUGCACCAAUAUGAUCAACGAAGUAGAUCGUAAGAUAGUGAAAGGUAAGCAAAGACUUCUACUUAUGAACAGCAAAACGGAAGGCGGAAGACCUGCCCCUAAGCACCAGGACCAAUUAAAUUCCCUAACCGAACGGAUCAAUAAACUCGUGCGUGAUGCUGAGGAAGCUGGGACUCGGGGGGAUGUGGAGCAAGCACAGGGUUUGAUGGAGCAAUGUGACCAAUUGAAGGAGGAAAAAGAAGCUUUGUUAAAACAGCAUGAAUCAAACGGAUGGUCUGUAACGGCGGAAAUUGCAGCAUCGCAGGAAAAACAAAUGGAAGUUUGUGAAGUGUGUGGAGCUUUUCUCAUUGUUGGCGAUGCACAACAAAGGAUUGAUGACCAUCUUACGGGUAAACAACAUCUAGGGUACUCAAAACUACGAAAAGCUGUUGAUGAAAUGUAUGAAGCGAGGAGGAAAAAUACAAUAAAUCUUGAGGAGCGCCGUUCUAAGGAUGAUGACCGGCGCAGAAGAGAUAAUCCAAAACGAGAAGAACGCAAAUCUCGUGAACGAGACGAUCGUUAUAGUAACAAACGAGAAGAUAGAGAUCGUAAUCGCUAUCGGCGUGAUCAUCGAGAUUAUAAAGAUCGUUCUGAUCGUUAUGAUAACCGCCAACGGGAUCGGCAUAGUAGACGCGAUCGUAAUGAGCGAGAUCGUGAUCGUAGUCGUAGUCGUAGCUACUAAAGGAUCACCUAAUGCAAUCAGAACACAUGAGUUAGUUUGCAGCAUGAAGUUGUGCAGUCGGAUGCGAAAUUCUUCGCUCAGAGUCGUUUUUCUUCAUAUGAGGUAUCCCUACUAAGAAUAGACAAAUUAAAAAAAAACGUCCUUAAAAGACCAAUAUAAACGAUAUCUAAACAAUCGUAAAAAAUCUUCUAGUCCGUAAGUAAACUUCAAGGCAUUUGUAAUAUCAACAAGCUCUCGCUAGAAUAGAGUACUGUGCAUCUGUAGCUUAUGCAGUUUGAAUGAUUGGUCUUGGUAGGACACCUGACAUAGGACUUGCAGACGAGGUAAUUGAUGCCUAGUUGUUUAUAUUUCCAAUGCAAGGGUUAAGGGAAGCCUUGAAUGUACAUCCUUUAUGCUUCUUCGUACGCAGGAUAAACAACGAGUCUAAAUGAGAAAGAGAACAGUAUGUCCCUAUCCUGUUGCAUUGAAUACGUUGCGUAGCCAUACAUGCAACGUCUGUACUAAGUUUGGUGGAUCGAAGCAAAAUUUAUCGAGUUGGAUCACUCAUCGUCUUCUAAACUGAUGCGAUCAUGUUAAAGCUAUCUAAUAACACGAUUAUUUUUACGUUAUGGACUGGUCAUCUGAAGGAAAAACAGUUGGAUCUUCAACUUCAACAAUUCAGCAGGUAGCGUGACAUUAAUAAUUAUUUCGUCUAUUUAGGACAUUGACAAGUCAUUUAAGUCAUCAAACGAAAAGUAGCGAAGCGAGUGCAGGAUAAAGUACUAAAAAUGUGUAAUAGCAAGCGAUUGGUCUCAAGCUUAUACAUUAAGCUUGAUUUUUAAUUAAAAAAUGAUUGUGAUAAGCUUCCAAGAAUAUAUCAUUCAAUGGUAACAUUAUUUCACCUGUUUUGCUCUAUAGACUUGUGCUGUUGACAAUUUUUGCAUUAACAUCAUUUUAAUGUCAUUGUCAGCAAGAAUUAAAUAUCUCUAUAACAUAACUUUCUGUUCAAAUAUAGGUUAAAAAAUAUGAUCUGUAAACUUAAACACAUGUACCGUAAAGGCCAUCUGUUCCAACGAAAAUGACAAAACACAAAGCAUGAUGAUGGCAUUGAAAAAAAAAUUGCAGUUCUGUACGUACAUACCUCUAAAAUGUACGUAAUUUGAUGCAUUGUUUGAGAGUUACUAGCUACUUUGAGGCAUAUAGAGCGAAUUAAUUUAAAAAAUGAAAUAUCCGUACACUUUUGUAUGUAUCAGUGAAACAAUCGAACGAAUGCUUAAUAACACAUGAUAAAAUCCAACGGAAAUAAGGUAGAUACCUAUAAAAUGAGAAGAAACUGUGUUGGAACGAUUCAGCAUGUAACUGCAUAGACAAACCGCACUAAACUAAGUGCUGCAACAAUUGCAAUCGUGUUACAAGAUGAGAUUUUGAAAUAUGGAAUGUGUGAUGGAAUUGGUAAUUUUAAUAAUCCAACAUUCAACAUCUGCGUAUAGCGUGACGGAGUUCUAAUUUAAUUAAAAUAUAUUACAUAGAUUAUCUUCUCUUCAAAAUUCAUCUUGAAAUAAAUAAAAAUUGAUUACAUGAAUAA